AUGUCGCAGCUGUCGCAGAUCGAUACACCUACUCCCUAUAAGAUUGAUCCUGAUGGGGAUAUUAUUCUUCACACCCCGGAUUAUCUCUUCAUUGAUGCGGCGAAAGGCGCCGUGCCAGGAAACUACGCUCGUUUCCUAGUCUCCUCUAGGCACCUCGCACUUGCGUCACCUUAUUUCAAAGCAAUGCUGCGAGACUGCUGGGCUGAAGGUAGUACACUAUUGGAAAGGGGAUCUGCGGAAAUUCCUGUCAAGGAGUGUAAACCCGAUACCCUUCUCAUUGUGCUGAACCUUAUACAUGGACGUCAUCGGCGUGUUCCCCAGAAGUUGUCUUUACAACAACUCACCGAUAUUGCGGUGGCCACUGAUUUUUUCCAGUGUCAUGAGGCAGUUGAGAUAGCUGCUAGCAACUGGAAAGCAGCCCUUCAGCCAAGUGAAAUCGAGAUGAGUCAUCUUACUGAGGAUACCAUCAAGUGGAUCAUGAUUGCAUCGGUCUUCGACUUCCGUGAUACUCUCAAAAAAGUAACACAAAUUGCCAGCAAAAAGGAACAGGUCCUUUAA